AUGCGCCUUCGUAGCACCCGAGAUGAACCUAUUUUUCGCUCUGACGACCAGUCCAAGGAUGACGAUGUCUUCGAUGAUCAAUUAGAGGUGCAACAUGCGGACGACGACGAUAGAGAUGCUGACGGUGAUGCGACAAGUGAUGACGACGAUGCCGCUCCAGACCCCGGGGGGGAUUCCACCACCGAGGCAAAAACCUACUCAAGCCAGCCCAAGAAGCAGCGCAACACGGGGGCCGGCAUGAUCCAAAGCCGCAAAACCUUCCACGACAUCCCCCACUACCCCCUAGAGACGCGCAUUGUGACGCGUGUCUAUGCCGGCCCACUGCGCCGCUAUGCCCGCUACAGCGCCCUCCGCGAUGCCAUGUACGGCCCGGAGUACGCGCGCAUCAAGGUCAUCUGGGACCUCGAGAUCCGCUGGGCCGACUUCCCCGUCCUGCCCCCGAGGCUGCCGCCCGAGCACCAGCACGGCGUCCUGCCGAGCCCCUGGUUGCCAAGUGGCCACGAGCGCGGCCAGGAAAAGAGGGCCUUCCAUUGGUACGACGACGUGCAGAUCAGUGCCCCCGAGCUUCAGCGGUCCCGCGUGCUCGCCCGCGAGGAGGGCCAGCGUCUGGUCCCUCAGGUCGAGGGUGAUAUUGUCACCCUCGUUGGACCCUGGGACAGGCAAAAGGAGGUGAGGAUUGGCCAGGGUGGGAGUCUGUCCACUUCACCGUCGGGGCUGCCGGUGGAUGACCCUGACGCCUCAAAUGACAGGACGCCAAGCGGCUGGACGCUGAACGUGGGCGGCAUUCCGCUCGCCAUGUCGUGGGCAGCGUUGUCCCGUGAGGAUAUCCAGGUCCUUGCCGUGGCGACAAUACCCUUCUCCGACCAGGAGCCAGUUCCCCGUGAGGAGUUGGACGAGGAGAUGGCUUCGAGACAGACAGGGUGUAUCCAACUCUGGGAAUUUGUUCCCGAGAAGAUUCCCGGGAAGCUCGCCUCCCCUUCGGCCCGGCCUCCGAGGUUACUCAGUGUCAAAUGCUUUAACUGGGGCCGACCAAAACGGCUUGCGUUCUGCCCGGUCCCGCUCGACUCUUCUCAUCUCUAUGGGUUGCUCGCUUUCCUCAACGAUGACGGAAGCGUUCGCGUUAUUGACGCUAAGGUCGUCGGUGAUGAGGACGCCCCCCUCUACGAAGACUACGACGUCAGCGUCACCUGCCUAACCUGGGUGAAUACGAACCGCAUCUCCCUGGGCCACUCGGACGGCUCCAUCACCCUGUGGUCCAUUUACCCGCGCCAGCUGUUGCAGCGCGUGGGCGCCCACACCACCAACGUUAUCGACAUCUGCUCGGCCUACCCCUCGAACCCCUACCUCGUCGCAUCCAUCCCUGUGGGCGGCUGCGCCACUCUCACGGACCUGUCCCAGCCGAGCUCCGAGGUCACCUACUUCCCCGUGCCCGCCAUCAGCUUCCAGCCAAACCUGCUCUGCUGGAACGAGUCGAUGCAGGGGCUUCAUGGCGCUCAAAAAGGCGAGCCCCUGCGCAAACUUAAGAUCUUUGAGCACGAGUACAGGCCCAUUGACCAAGAGGGUCAAGGCCAGCCCGGUGGGUUGGCGACGUCGGGGCUGAGGGGCGCGGCGAGGAUCCUGCAAGGCUUUCUUCCUGAAGAGAACGAUGAUCCGAGGACCGAGAAGCGGAAAGAGAUGGAUAGGAAGAAACGAGCGGCCAAAAAGAAAAAGGCUAGUAAGAAGAAAGCUGGUGACGAGGCUGAAGACCGCGAGGCCGAGCUUGACGAGAAGCUCGCGUCCCGGGUAAUCAUCCACGAGCCGCUAACACGCGUGACGACUAUUCUAUGGAACCCUAAUGUGCAGUUUAGCUGCUGGGCGGCGUGCGCCAUGGCCUCGGGCCUGAUCAAAGUCAUGGAUCUCGGGGUAGAGUGA